UUUUCUCCAGGAAUUCCCAUCAAAUCGACCAUGGACGACCAGAGCACGCUGCAGUACUCCGCUCUGACCCACCAGCUGGUGAUGAAGGCCCGGGUCACCGUGAGAGACCUGGACCAGCAGGACGACCUCACGUUCCUGCGGAUCCGCACCAAGAAGAACGAGAUCAUGAUCGCUCCAGAUAAGGACUACUUUCUGAUCGUCAUCCAGAACCCUUCGGCCUGAAACAUCUGCUGAUCGUCUCUUUACUCCUCCUUUUAUUUAUACAUUUAUUCAU